AUGGCGCCCCCGGAGUACGUGCAGAUCGUCGGACAGGCACAGCCGGCGCCGCUUCCCGGCGUCAAGUGGCUGGAGGGGGACGUCCUCGCCGAGUACGUGCAGUUCCUCAAAGAGGCGGAGGAGGCCGCAGCACCGCCGCUGCCCGGCGUUAAGUGGCUGGAGGGGGACGUCCUCGCCAACUUCCUGCAGUUUCUCGGACAGGACGAGCAGGUCGUGCACUACGGCAGCGACAACAGCAGCAGCGGAAGCAACGACGGCGACUCCAUGUGUGAGGACGAAGAUGACGACGAGGAGGAGAUGGCGUAUCUGCUGCGGCACAUCACGAGCCUCCCGGCGUUCAUGGCGCGCGCGGCGGCCGCCACCUCGGUGUAA